AUGGCAUGUCUCCAAGAAACCAAACAAGUUGGUACUAAGGCGAGGGUAGUAGAUGGUUAUAAGUUGUGGUACUCAGGAAGAGUGGGGAACAGAAAUGGUGUAUGUAUUCUAGUAGAUGAUAAGCUUAAGAAGCAAGUGGUAGAGGUUAAGAGGGUUAAUGAUAGGAUGAUGUUAAUUAAGCUAGUUAUCAAAGGGUCUUCUUGGAAUAAUAUUAGUGCAUAUGCACUACAUGUAGGCCUAGAUAAUAAAGUGAAAAAUAUAUUUUGGGAGGAUUUGGAUGAUAUGGUGAGAGGUGUACCUAGUAAUGAGAAGCUUUUCAUAGGAGGCAAUUUCAACGGGUACAUAGGGUCUUCUUCGAGAGGAUAUGAUAAUGUGCAUGGAGGCUAUAGGUUUGGUGUAAGAAAUGUUGAUGGAGUGGCACUUCUGGAUUUUGCUUGGGCGUUUGGAUUGGUGGUAGUCAAUUUGAACUUUCCUAAGAAGGAGGUUCAGUUGGUUACCUUUUGUUGUUCGGUGUCCAGGACUAAGAUUGACUUAUUACUUUACGGGAAAUGA